AAAACCACGCUGCUGCUGUGUCUUCCUCUCCAACGCCUCUCUCUCUCUCUCUGCUGCAACGAUUGAGAUUCGAGACCUCCCCCGUGCACACACUUACUCAAUUUGCUUCUAUAAUAGGGGCUCUCUUUCAAUACACAACACAAAAUUAGUAUAAUCCUGAAUCUGUUUUGGUUAUAAGAGAGAGCCAUGAUUUCUCGCAAUAAAAAUUUCACCUUUGUCUUCGCCUCUGCCUUUCUCGCUCUCUUGGUUAAUGGGUUUUCCGGAAACCUUCCAAUAGUAGCCUUUGAUGAAGGCUACUCGCACCUCUUUGGAGAUGGAAAUCUCAUGGUUCUUAGAGAUGGAAAAUCUGCUCACAUCUCUUUGGAUGAAAGAACAGGUUCUGGGUUUGUGUCACAGGACAUUUACCUUCAUGGCUAUUUCAGUGCUUCAAUCAAGCUUCCUGCAGAUUAUACAGCUGGUGUUGUUGUUGCUUUCUAUAUGUCGAACGCUGACACGUAUGAGAAGAACCAUGAUGAAAUCGAUUUCGAGUUCUUGGGAAACAUUAGGGGUAAAGAGUGGAGAAUUCAGACAAAUAUUUAUGGAAAUGGGAGCACAAACACUGGGAGAGAGGAGAGAUAUGGCCUCUGUUUUGAUCCCUCUGAGGAUUUCCACCAAUAUAGCAUCCUCUGGACUGAGAAUGAGAUUGUCUUCUACGUCGACAAUGUUCCCAUAAGAGAGAUCAAGAAGACAGAAGCCAUGGGUGGGGACUUCCCUUCUAAACCAAUGUCAUUGUAUGCAACAAUAUGGGAUGGAUCCGAUUGGGCCACAAAUGGAGGCAAAUACAGAGUUAAUUACAAAUAUGCCCCUUACAUCGCCGAGUUCUCCGACUUCGUCCUCCACGGAUGCGCUGUCGACCCCACCGAGCCUUCCGAAUGCGACACACUUCCGACACUCCCCACCAUCGCAAGCCAACAUCGAACGAAGAUGGCUAGUUUCAGGAACAAGCACAUGCAGUACUCGUACUGCUACGACCGUGCUCGAUACAAGGCCCCUCUCUCUGAGUGCGUGAUCGACUCCAAGGAGGCCGAGCGUCUUCGAGGCUUCAACCCUGUCGUGUUUGGUGGUGCCCGCCGCCACAAGAGGCACCACCGUGUCCGUGUUAGGCCUGUCCGGGCGGGGGCAUCCUCCCUGUGAUGAGGCCGUCGGCCUCAUGGGGCGCGUGCCACCGUCGUCGUCUUUCCGGAUUGAUUUAGGGCUGUGGUGGCUGUGGGUAGAGGAAUGAAUUGAAGCACAUAGAGGGAAAGAAGCAUAUGGUAAAAGAUUUAUUCCUCUAUAUGGGGCAUUGAUUAUGAUAUGAUGGGGGUAUGUAUAUAGAUUUCAUUUCAUACCUUAGUUUUCCCAUCAAGUUUUCUCCUCAUUGGUGUUUUAUUAUUUAAUUUAUGUUUGAUGAAUUUAAUUUGUGUACUUGGAACAUUUGGAUCAUCACCUUGAUUGAAUAAAUAUAAAAUAAUACAA